UAGCAAGAGGCUGCUGCAUCAGGGCCAUUCUUCUUAGGGGUUAAUUUACGAUUUUGUAACAAAAUUUUAGGCAUAGUUUGUAUAUAUAUAUCUAUACAUUUUUAUUUUUGGAGAUUUAGCUUGCCAGCUAUUUAAUAUUAAUUUUAAUAUUAGCUUAGUUAGAUAGCUAAGGAUAUCAAAUUCAGUCACUUUCUGGGUGGUAACAAAAAAUUAUGCUGUGUUUCCUGGCUAUUUUAAUAUCGAAGUGGCUACAAGUAUGUGACCGUACUUUUACUUUUUUUUGCUAGAAGUACGGCAUUCACGUCUCUUUAAUUUCUUUUGCUGGAAGUACAGCAUUCACGUAUUUCUUUUUUCUAAAAGUCGCCUGGCCAGCGGGUUGGUGUUGGAGAGUUGACGAUGAAAAGAUAUUUUCUUUUUAGGGUUCUCUUUAGUAUGAGCUUUUAUUUACAUCUCUACAACUUUGACUAUGUAUGCUACUAGGCUGAUUAUAUGUUUUCAGGCUAUGGUCAUGUUAAGAAUAUUAUCAAGAAAAUGAUAAUAUGAUGCUCAUAUUAGUCAAAAAAUAAAGAACAUUGAGGCUGCAACGAAAAAUUGUGUACCUUUGUCAAAUAGUUCAGUGUUAAUGUGGGGAAUGAAGAACACAGCCACUUCAUGCAUGUGUCUAAUUGUGAUUCAGUAAACGCUCCACUAUGAAAGUAAUGUGCCAGAUGAUGUUUUUUAAUUGUUUCAUCACUGUGACUUCACUGUGAUGUCUCCAGCUACAACAGUUGCCCCUGAAGAAAAUUUGUUAGUUAUUAUCUUACAUUUAUUUUCGCAUCGGAAUUUUUAUGGAAGAAUAGUAACUACACUCACUUUCAUUCAAAUUUACCUGACACAUUUUUCAUUUCUUUGAGUAGCUGUUGUGCAUUAUUUCGGCCACUCUCGUUGUUGUUUUUUCAAGAUAACAUUUUUCCCACACAGAUUGGAAAUAUGGUUUUGAAUUAUUUUUUUGUUGACUUUCACUUUUAACAUUUGUGAUGCCUGCAGCAAAAGGUUUUCAUCAAAACAUUUCUGUACUGACCUUGAACUCUAUACAUACAGUUGUGUAAAAGUUCAAUUUUCAUGCUCGUUAAUAGCCUUUAGCAUUUUGUUAAAACUACAAAACUCGUUACCACAUUCAUUUUAAAUAAAUAAAUUUUUUUAAUCAAAAACAAUUCUUUCACUUGUAAAUAACUCACGAGGAAUGCUAUUUCGCACCUGCAAUAUUCUCCACACCACGCUCAAGGGGCGUCAGCAGUGAUUUUAUGUACGCUGACCAGCAUUUUACGCAUUCACGUACUUGUAGCAAAAAAAAUAAACGUGAAUGUCGUACUUCUAGCAAAAAAUAAUUAAAAUAGGUCACAUACUUAUAGCCACUUCGAUUUUAAUAUAGUUAGCUAAACACAUUUGUUUUGUCUAGCCUUCUUUAAAUUUCCAUCACAAAAAUUAAACUGUAUAAAAAUACUAGUCAACGAGCCAGCCAACAACACUGCAAUUACAUCUUAGUCCUGCUCCAUCUUUUUAUUGUUGUUUUUUCAUCGUUUUAUGAAAUAUUCACUGGUGACUGGGCUAGAUUGUUGGCUAAGUUGGCUAAACAUUACACAUCAGUGGUAUAAGUUUGCCAGCUUUUAAAUUUUGAUCCUUAUAAUUUUGUUAAUCUGUUAUUUAUGUUUUUUCGUUUUAAAUAUAGUUUUAUUGUCCCCUAACUGAUUUAUAGUAAUCUUAAUCAUUAUUUAAUAAAUUUGAACACAAUAACAGACAAUAACACAAUAACAAACAAUAUGAUGAUCUUCAGGGUCUUCAGAGGGGUUGAUAAUUUCUGCAAAGAGUAAAGGGAAGGGUAAGGAAGCGCAAUUAAAGUUAAAGUUGUGUUAUGCAGCACAGAUUGAACUGCAGUACUGUGAAAAGGUUUGGUUGGAUUAGCGGUCUGGCGUUGGAACAAGCACAUGUGAUCUGUUUUACUAAGGAAAUUGCUAAUAUUCGUCUUUUAUCACUUCUACGAUUUUGUGUCCUCAUUGUCUCAUAUUUCCACAAAGAAAUUCUCACUGGCGUUAAAAUAAUGUCCGAAGAAAAUAACGACAUUGACACGAAAUACAUUCAACAUUUCAAGAAUUUAUCAAAUAAUGCACAAUUAAAAAUAUUACAAGAUCUGUUACUUAACAGUAGUCCUGAAGUAAAAUACGGAUUUGCUUUGAACAUUGCAGACAUCACGAAGUACGAUGUAAUAACGGAAUUACCUGUUGAAAUUGUUGAGAAGAUAUUUACAUAUAUAGAUUUGCCAUCACUGUUGAAAUGUCGGCAAGUUUCACGUUCUUGGACUAACAGAAUAAAUUAUUGUGACAUCGUGUGGUUACCUCAUUUAAGAAGACAUUGUAUUGACGUGAAUGGUUUCCAAAGUUACGACGAAUGCUGGAGGAAAAGUAAAAAACACAAGCAGGUUCCUUCUGCUGGUCAGGAGGAUUUGAACAUUAUCGGUGAAAGGCUAUUUAAUUUCGAUACCAGCCUGAUAGAUAAUCCUAAUAAAAAAUGCACAUGUACAGAGACUCCUUCUAAAUCUUACGCUUUCGUGAUGGGAAAGAAACUUUUACUCAGUUUGAAGAAGCAGGCUGGGUUCGAACAUAUCGUCGACCACGACUGUUGUGGAAGCAAUGUAGUCAUGGCGAUGAAUUCAAACAUUAUAGCCUAUGCGCGUGGCGAGGACCGUCAUAUCGUGGUAAAAUAUACUAACUUUCCACACAAAAAGAUUAGUGUAUUUGAAGCUCAUCAAUGUGCUGAUAUAAAAAUACAUGGCGAUGAAUUGAUAACUGGUGGAUACGAUCGCACUAUUUGCAUCUGGAAGUGGGAAACUGGAAGUUUAGUGCGUUGUCUACAAGGAUCUGUGAAGCCAGUGUACAGUCUAGAUGUGUGCAGGGACAUUUUAGUUUCAUCUGAUGGCAGCAGCAUUUUGACAUGGGAUUUAAAGUCAUAUAAAAUGCGUGUCAAAUCUCUCUGUUUUGAUGAUGGCGGCAACGUUGAAGAACUUAAGAUAAUCGACCCGACUUUAUCAGUUCGUUUGAAAGAAAUAUAUGCCGACGACACAUUGUUGGUUGUCGUUCGAUCAAACAAGGCGGUUAAGAUUGGAAUGUGCAAUAAGAAUGGCAAGAUCAACUUCCACAAUCCGAAUCUAGAAAUCAACAGACAGGUCAACAAUUUCCAACCCUUUAUACAAAUCUAUAACGACAAGUUAGCUUGCUCGUCUGAUUUUGGUAUUCUUGUAUGGUCCUUGGUUGAUUUUACCCUAAUAAAAAGCAUAGAACGUAACCCUUGUUUGGAAUGUCAGUAUAAUUUUCGUACUGGUCUCUUUCCAGCCGCCAGCAACUGUCGUGUUAUACUAUUGUAUUAUUCAGAUGUACUUCUCCUUCAAUAUUUUGUCCACUUGAACCAAUUUCAGUUGUUUGGUACAAGGCGUGAUAGUAACGUCGAAAUAGCAUGGAAUUUUCCUUCAGAUGAAAAAUGGCCGUGGUCACACCGAAAACCAGGACUUGCGAGUUUAGUAUUAGAUAUGAAGAAUGGUUUUAGUAUGAACACGAAAAUAACAAUGUUUGUUGCGACGCAGGGAAAGAAAAUUUAUGGCAUGUUGUUUGAUGCUUCUGACUUAAACUACGGUAUGGAAUCGCAACUUUCAAAUUGCGGCACCGUCCAUGGUCCGUUGUUGACUGAAAGUUUGUAAAUAGUGUAGAGCUAACUUUCCUGGAAAAUUAUUUUUAAAGGAAAUACCAAAUUAAUAGU